UGCGUAUACGUUGUGGCAACCGGCAUUGCCAACAACCAAGCAUCGAGAGAGCAGCGACGGGACAGGCGCGAACGAUCGCCCAGCAGAGGAGUGAGAGAAGGGAUUAUUCGGGUGCGAACUGUGAAGCGGAGUGGGUGCGCGAAUAUUAUUAAACCAAAUAAACUAACUCAUUACAAGCCAUAAACCCUAACGUGUAUUACUGUGAUUAAGCGGGUCAUUACAUUGGCGACGAGUGGAAAAAUCGUCUAGGUCCCGUAUUUAAAAUGACCGACAGUGUCAUUAAACCGUUUCUGUGCGAGGUGAUCGACAAGGCAAUCCUCCGAAAUGAAUGGGAGAAGUGGUUGAGGGCAUUUACAAUAUACCUCGAGGCCGAGGGCAUUGUUACCGAGAAGCAGAAGAGGAGUAAGCUACUGCUUUUGGGAGGAGUCCAGCUACAGUCAGUAGUAUUCUCCCUACCUGGUGCGCUAGUUGAGCCCUGCGACGGAAAUAAAGAAGACAUCUACAAAAUCCUCAUCGACCAUCUAAAUAAACACUUCUCACCAAAGCAGAACUCAACGUUUGAGAGACAUCUAUUCAGAAGUCUGACACCGUUGGACACAGAAAGCUUUGGGGAUUUCUUGCUGCGACUCCGUCAACAAAUGCAACGAUGUGCAUUUGGAUCCUCAAAAGCGGAGAUUGAGGAUAUAUGUCUUAAGGAUAAAAUUAUAGAUGUGUGGGCACCUCUAGACCUCAAGAAAAGACUCCUGGGGAAGGAAAAUUCACUAGAGGAAGUGAUCGAAGUAUGUCAGGUUGAGGAGCAGAUCAACAAGGAAUCAAAAGAAAUGACAUCAAGACCAAGUGCGGAACCCAUCUGUAAAAUUGCACAUCGUGGUUUCAAGCAGAGUGGGGAAUGCCCCAGAUGUGGAAAAUUCGGACACACACACAAUGACCCAUCAUGUCCGGCAAGAAAUGUGACUUGCAAUAAAUGCUCGAAGCCUGGACACUAUGCCAGGAAGUGCCAAACUAACCUGAACAGCCGAUUCCCUAAGUCCCAAAGGAAUAACCUAAAAAGGCCUCGCACGUACAUACGAUCUGUCGAAGAGGAGGCCACCAGCUCCAAACUGAAAAAGGGCGAGGCACAUUGCUUUCGAGUGUCAAGCGAGGAUGAAGAGGAGUUCAUACGAUGCCGAGUGGGAGGCCGCGAAAUUCCUUUAAUCAUUGACUCGGGGUGCAAGUUUAACCUUAUCAGCCACGCGGACUGGUCUCUGCUUGUGAAGAGAAAGGCCACAGUCUUUAACGUAAGAACCCAUACAGAAAAGCAAUUCCGAGCCUAUGCCUCUAAUAAAUUACUUCGAGUAAUGUGUAUUUUCGAGGCCCCAAUUUCCGUCGAGCCGGGUGCCGAAGGGAUUGCUUCAUUUUACGUGAUUGAAAAUGGAGAACAAUCUCUGUUGGGCCGAGACACAGCUAUCGAGUUAAAAGUCCUCCGACUGGGAAGAAACAUUAACCGGAUUGAAGAAAUAGAGCCUUUUCCGAGUUGGAAAAACAUUGAAGUAAGGCUCUCUAUCGAUUAUGACGUAAAACCCGUUCAACAACCGGUGAGACGAAUCCCGGCAGCGCUCGAGGACAAAGUCAUGGAAAAACUGGGGGAAGCCCUGAGUCGAGAUAUAAUUGAACCAGUCAAGGGUCCGAGUGCUUGGAUAUCUCCCAUCGUGCUUGCGUUUAAGGAGAACGGGGACAUCCGCUUAUGUGUCGACAUGCGACUGGCAAACAAAGCUAUCCUACGGGAAAACUAUCCAUUACCAACUUUCGAUUGCUUUAUGACCAGACUCAAAGAGGCGAAAUUCUUCGCACGCCUAGACCUCAAGGACGCCUAUCACCAAGUGGCCCUUGAUGAAUCGAGCCGGGAGAUAACAACGUUCAUAACCCCAAGGGGACUUUUCCGCUAUAAGCGUUUGAUGUUUGGAGUUAAUUCUGCUCCCGAAAUUUUUCAACGCCUUCUGGAGCAGAUGUUAUCUACGGUACCUAACGCCAUGAACUUCAUCGAUGACAUAAUCAUUUUUGGCGCAACUGACCUCGAAAUCGACAGCGCCGUAAAAGAAGUAUGCGAGAUAUUCCAGGAAAAUAAUGUCCUACUGAAUAAAGAGAAAUGCAUCUGGAAGACAAGGAAACUAAAAUUCCUCGGACAUAUUUUAUCCGACAAGGGAAUAGAAGUCGACCCAGAGAAAAUUGACGUCAUCCGAUCUUUCAGAGACCCGAAGAACAAAGAGGAAACACGGAGCUUCCUCGGUUUGGUAACCUACGUCGGAAAGUUCAUUCCGGACCUUGCAAGUCACACAGAUCCUCUAAGAAAACUGCUGAAAACUGAAAACAAAUUCACCUGGGGCGAAGCCGAGAAAAAUGCUUUCAACAACCUUAAGAAUCUCCUAUCCAAGGUACCCAAACUAUCAUAUUUCGAUCCUAAACAUCGAACUCGGGUGAUUGCGGACGCUAGCCCGGUUGCCCUUGGGGCUGUCUUAUUGCAAUUCAAAGUCGACAACGAACCAUUAAUAAUUACCUUUGCUAGCAAGGCCCUGUCGGAGGUGGAGAAACGCUACUCCCAAACGGAAAAGGAGAGCCUAGCACUGGUUUGGGCAGUGGAGAAAUUUUAUUACUUUCUGGCAGGCCUGCACUUCGAACUCGUAACCGAUCACAAACCCUUGGAAGCCAUUUUCAAACCAACAUCCAAGCCCCCGGCCCGCAUUGAAAGGUGGCUGCUGCGACUCCAGGCAUAUACGUUCACCGUUAUCUAUAAAUCCGGAAAAGACAACAUAUCAGAUGCGUUGUCUCGUCUCUGCCAACUAUCUACGGUAGAACCAAUCGAUCUCAGGACGGAAUACAGCAUCCUACGCGUCGUACAGAGCUCCAUCCCAAAAUCUAUGACAAUCUCGGAAAUAGCAGAAUCUUCCAAGAGGGAUGAAGAGAUUAUGGACGCAAUCGGUUGCCUGGAAAACGACUCCUGGAAGCCUGAUAGUUCAGUGAGCUUCUAUCCGUUUCGUAACGAGCUGUCAGCGGUUGGCUCGCUCCUGUUGAGGGGAAACCGAGUAGUCGUGCCGAGAUCUCUAAGAAUGAAAAUACUGGAGUUAGCCCACGAAGGUCAUCCCGGCGAGACAGCAAUGAAACGCCGCCUGCGGUCCAAAGUAUGGUGGCCACAAAUAGACCGAGAGGCAGAAAAGUUUGUCAAAGCUUGCAGAGAUUGUUGCCUGGUAUCUCAAGACAUCCGACCACCGCCUAUGGAUAGAAAUCCUUUUCCCACUGGCCCGUGGAUUUGGGUAGCGUCGGAUCUGCUAGGUCCGUUACCUAACAAUGAAUAUGUUCUAGUCUUUAUUGACUAUUUUUCACGAUAUAUGGAGCAUAAGUUUCUUAAAACCAUAUCUUCAACGACCCUGAUAGAGGCAAUGAAAGAAAUCUUUUGUAGACUGGGAUAUCCUGAGUACCUACGAACUGAUAACGGACGCCAGUAUGUAAGCGAGGAGUUUUCUAACUACUGCAAAGCGUGCGGCAUUGAACAGGUUAGGACCCCACCGUAUUGGCCGCAAGCAAACGGGGAAGUUGAGAACAUGAACAGAGCCCUUGUGAAACGCCUAAAAAUAGCAUACGCAAAUGGGAAAAACUACAAAGAGGAAAUCCAAAAGUUUAUUUUGAUGUACAAUGUAACCCCACAUGGAACAACAGGGUCAGCGCCCACAAAGCUAAUGUUCAGCAGAGUCAUCCGUGACAAAAUACCAGGCGUUGGGGAUAUCUACGAGAAAACCUUAGACUCUGAGGAAAGAGAUAAAGACAUUAUUGGAAAAUAUAAGGGAAAGCAGGCAGCCGACAAAAGAAGAGGGGCAAAGGAAGUCGAUAUAGAAGUGGGCGACAAGGUACUUUUGAAAAACGUAGUGUUCCCAAACAAACUUACAUCAAACUUCGACAAGACGGAAUUUACGGUGUUAGAACGACACAAUAACAUUGUGGUGAUCGAAGGGGGUGGUAGAAAACUAACAAGAAAUGCCUCACAUCUUAAGAAAGUCCCGGCUAGCCAGACGUAUCCAGCCUCCUGCCCAACGCCGCAAUCAGAUGCCAGCCUACCGGAAUCAACACCAACUUCAGAGGUCGCAGUACUUCAGCCCACAGAAGGAGGCCUCGGGAUCCAGCCACCCCUGCCGCCAUUAAAGCUAAAACUCGUCAAUAAAGGAGGGAUGUGGCAACCGGCAUUGCCAACAACCAAGCAUCGAGAGAGCAGCGACGGGACAGGCGCGAACGAUCGCCCAGCAGAGGAGUGAGAGAAGGGAUUAUUCGGGUGCGAACUGUGAAGCGGAGUGGGUGCGCGAAUAUUAUUAAACCAAAUAAACUAACUCAUUACAAGCCAUAAA